AUGGUCUUCUUGUUUCUGAGUCAUGUGAUCCAGGAUGAAUCGGAAGAUGCAAAGAGCACAAAGAGGCAAAGAAUCCCAGUGGCGGAUGCCGAGAUGUCUCCUUUGGAGGUGCAUUUUUCCCAGAUGCGAGCGAACCCCCUUUUUCGUGAUGGGCGGUCGCUGGAGAAAGCAAUCGAGGAAAUCCAGAAAGUGCCCUGGAGCGGAUCGUGUGAGGAGUCAGAGAAGCCUGUGUGGCGCCUCAAGGCUCCCUUUCCACCCAUCGAGGUGAUGAAGUGGCGCUGUAAGCUGCGGGACGAAGCAACAGGUCGACCUCUCGUGGACCCUGCAACUGGCGGAGAACUUCUUGAUGCCGAGGACAAGUGGUACACCCUCGACAACCGCCGGCUCUAUUGCUUGCAAAAGGUGGCCGCAUCCUUGUGGCCAGAUCGGGCAGUUGCUGAAGUAUGUUGUCUGCCGCCGGGACUCCGAGGAAGUCUCCGACGGGAGAGGUGGGUCAAACCGGUAGGUUACGGACCAGCCCUUCUUGAAGGCGCACAACCCACAGCUUCAUGUUUCAGCCUGGUUUUACAGGCUCGUCACUGCACUAUCCCAAAGAAGCAGACACAGGGUCACAGGGUCAUUGAUUGUUAUUGUGCCUAG